AUGUCUCAAACUUACGUCGUCACCGGUGCCUCUCGUGGUCUAGGUCUUGAAUUCGUUCAUCAAUUAGCUGCCAAGGGAAACACUGUCUUUGCUUGUGCUCGUAAUCCCGAUAGCGCUACAGGCCUCCAAAAGUUGGUCGACAACAAGCAUGUCUUUGCCAUCAAACUUGAUGUCGACAGUCAUGAAUCGAUCAAAGCUGCUGCUGAAGAGAUCUCGAAAAAGACACCUGAAGGUAUUGAUGUCUUGAUCAACAAUGCCGGUAUUGAUGGUGAAGCGCCUGGUACCGCUGUUGAAACUUUAUUGGAAAGCGAUUUAGCCACCAUUUUCCACACCAAUGUCAUUGGUGUUUCUAAUGUUACAAAGGAGUUUUUGCCAUUGCUUCAAAAGCGUGGUAAAGACCAUGUCAAGAAGAUUGUCAACAUUUCGUCUCUUCUUGGAUCCAUUACGCUCGCUAAUCAAACCUCUCCUGCUGGUAGUCGUCCCGCUUACAACAUAUCUAAGGCUGCCUUGAAUAUGUACGUCAGGAUGCUGGCCACUAACCUCGCCAAGGAUAAUUUCAUCGUGUAUUCCAGUCAUCCUGGUUGGGUUGCUACUGAUUUAGGAGGUCAAUCUGCUCCUGUUCAAGCCGUUGACUCUAUCAGAGGUCAAUUGGCUAAGCUCGAGAGUGUAACAGCCAAGGAUAAUGGUGGAUUCUUUGAUUUUGAAGGAAAGACUCUUCCUUGGUAA